AUGGCCAAGGGACUAAGGAGCUCCAAGAAGCGCGCACACCGAGCCAUCAAGCGCGAGGACCCCAACUCCGACUACAAGCUCAAGCACGACCUGCGCAUCCAGAAGCUCAACGAGAAGCUCAAGGCCAGCGCCCUCAAGCCCCGCGCGUUGACCGACAAGGAGGAGUGGGAGCGCGAGCAGGCCGGCUACGAGACGGUCGACGACGACGACGAGACGGCCAAGGAGGGUGCCGCCGACAAGAAGGAGGGCGACAUGGAGGUCGAGGGCGAGGCGUCUACGUCUGCCGAGCCGGCUCCCAAGCCCAAGAUCUCGACCUCGGGCCCGCGCAUGUCGCGCCGCGAGGAGUACCGCGCGAGCAAGGGCAUGACCGUCAAGCAGACGCCGCGCACCCACUUCCCGGCCAUGGGCGAGAAGAAGCGCAUGGGCUGCAAGCCGAUGCGCCGCCGCUAG